AUGACGAGCGAUGAUGAAUACUGCAAGGCCUUGGAUAUUCCUGCGCCAACUCUUUUCGCAAUUUACGAGCGCCUUCUUCUUAGGCUUCAAAGCAGACCAAAAUCGACUCAAGCUCUCGUUAAGUCUGUGCUGAUAUGGAUCCUCUUUCCCCCUCGUUCAUUAAGCAUGAAGGAACUAUGCGAGGCUGUCACCAUACCUACUGGCAGCAAAGAAAAGCCAAGUCCAGUAGCGCUCAACCAAAUUCGAAAAUUCUGCAGUAGCUUAAUUCGGGAGGCUGCUAACGGCAAUCACCUUGAAGCCGCCCACUUCACCGUCAAAGAAUUUUUCAACACUAUCACCAAAGAAUCUCAUCCGCAUAUUUCUUACUUUUGUUUGUCAAAAGAAGAGGCUUACCUUGAAUUCAGUAAGGUUUGCUUGACGUAUCUCAACUUCAAGGAUUUUCAGAAACAUAUUCCGCCCUUUGAAUCUCUACUAGAUGCAUUCGAGGGCUAUCCAUUUUAUGGCUAUGCAGCUUAUUUCUGGAUCAGCCAU